AGAAAAACAAAAAAUGAACUUUCCUUGUAUAGUGACUGUUCUAUUGAUUAUUGACAAUUAAUAAAAAGACCUUUGAAAAAAAAAAGCACAAACAUUCACUUUGCACUUCCUAAAAAGGCCCUUCUCCUCUUUGUCCCCAACAUAUCACAUAGUGGAAUCAGGUUGUGUUGGCCUCUGAUGGUUAAUUAAAGGUGAUUCUAGUAGAGAGGAUCUUUUUUUUUGGUGAAGGAGCUCCAGAGUUUCACGCUGUGCAGGUUUCCCAGCUGUUUGUGUGCCCUGGUGGGCGGUGCAGAGAUGGGACUCAAAAAGCUGGGUGGAGUUUAGGGAGCAGCGCUUUUAGGAAUGGGUCCCAAAGCUAUUUAGUUAGACAGCAGAGUUACCAAGAAGAGCUGGAAACACCUGAUGGUCUCUGUGGGACAAUCCGCUCCAUAUAACUCUCCUCUUAAAGAUAAAUCUACCUCCAGGCUGCAUUUUUGUCGAGUUUUUUUGUUGUGUUUUCUCUUCUGAAAAAAGUUACAGAGCCUCUCUUUUUCCUCUCUUCAUCCAAAGAAAUCACUGAUAAGGAGACAUUGCACUAUAUUCUUUUUUUUCUCUAUUGUUCCUAUUUAUUGUAUUUUUUGCACUAACGAUGCACACCACGCAAAAGGACACGACCUAUACGAAGAUUUUUGUCGGUGGUCUUCCCUACCACACCACGGAUUCAAGUCUCAGGAAAUAUUUCGAGGUGUUUGGUGAGAUUGAAGAAGCGGUGGUCAUCACCGACAGACAGACCGGCAAGUCUAGGGGUUAUGGAUUCGUGACGAUGGCGGACCGCUCGGCUGCAGACCGGGCCUGCAAGGACCCCAACCCAAUCAUUGACGGCAGGAAGGCCAACGUCAACCUGGCCUACCUGGGGGCCAAGCCUCGGGUGAUGCAGCCAGGUUUUACCUUUGGCGUUCCCCAAAUUCACCCUGCUUUCAUCCAAAGGCCUUAUGGCAUCCCGGCCCACUAUGUGUACCCUCAGGCCUUCGUUCAGCCUAGUGUGGUCAUUCCUCAUGUGCAACCUACAGCUGCUGCACCCACCGCCGCUUCCUCCCCCUACAUCGACUACACCGGAGCUGCUUAUGCGCAGUAUUCUGCAGCUGCAGCCAGCGCUGCUGCCGCCGCUGCAUAUGAGCAGUAUCCCUACGCCGCAUCCCCUGCCGCCGCAGGCUAUGUGGCUACCGCCGGCUACGGCUACGCAGUCCAGCAGCCUUUAGCCACAGCUGCCCCAGGCUCAGCCGCCGCUGCAGCCGCAGCCUUCGGUCAGUACCAGCCUCAGCAGCUGCAAGCUGACCGGAUGCAAUAGCAGCCACUGCAAUCACUGGACAUGCAGAGAGAGGAGGCCUGCGCCCGGCCACAGCUGAUUGGUCAGGAGAAGGAGCGGCGAAGGAAAAGGAAGAGGGAGUGGCCUUAAUAAGGGUGGGCGUGUCAGCGACUCAGAGGCAGAGUUGCUUUAAAAAGGUGAUGAUGGUGGUGGUGGUGAUGAUGGUGGUAGUGAUGAUGAUGGUGAGGUGGGGACUUUUUACAGUAACUUUCCAACUUGCUGUGCUUCAACCAAAAAACGAGAAAAUGAAAAAAAGUCGCAGAACAAAUAAUGGAAAGUGAUUUACUAUUAUUGUUGUUGUUAUUACUAUUAUUAUUAUUAUCAUUACUAUUAUCAUUGUAGUAGAGUACUUAUUUCUAGACAAGAAAUGCAGGAACUAAUCCCUGUGGUUGGUAUAGGUGUUAAACUAAGCCUUUAAGUCCUAUUGCUGUCUUUAACGUUAGUUUAGGAAACUGUUCUCUUUUUUUUUCACUCGUGGUUUUCCACAAGUGUUUUCGGUUAUUUGAUGCCCUCAUAACAUUUAUAUUUAUUAUUGUUAUUAUUACACAUUGGGGGCGUCUUCUUGUUCUUUUUGUCAUUUCAAGUGCAUUUUUUGGAGUUAAUAAUUUCUGAUAAUCAGGGAAAUGGAACCGUUUCCAACGUGUUAGCUAUUAUUAUGUGACCUCUGUCAGGAAGUCGAGGAGUCGUAACUCGUCGUGUCACACAUAUUUGAAGAACUACCUUUUUAUCUUCCUGAUGCUGAAUGUCCCUUUUUUUUUUACUCUGUGUCUCGACCUCUUGACCUAUGCAAAGCGAACAAAUCACCAGGAGACAAAAAAAACAAAGAAAAAGAAACAAAAAACUGAAAAUGUCAUCAACUCUGACUUGAUUCUUGGACUAAAGGGGGACUUGGCAAACAAAACAAACGCACUGACAAAAGGAGGGAGGUUGAAAACGGCUUCAGACAAUGAGAAACACUAAAUCAGUCGCUUUUCCACAUGUUUCACUCACACGUACACAUGCAUCCAGAGUUGCACACAUAGCAGUCAAAGACAAAGGCAGCACAGUUGUGUUUCUCUCUGGCUCUGGGAUGGAGAGAAAGAGAAAGAAAGAAAGAAAGAGGGAGAGAGCAGCUGCUGGUGGGGGUGGACAGAGCCGCUCCAGCGCCACACAGACGGAUCACUCUGGAAAGAACGCAUCACUUGUGCUCGUUUGUUGAGCUGUCACAUUUUAAUCCCCGACCGGGCCCAUUUGGGAACCAACUUCGCACCCCUCCACCCAACACAGAGCCCCACAGCAGAGCCCCCACCCCCCCAGCCAUGCAGCCCUGCAGCUGUCAGCACUUCCACCUCUGUGCUGCUGUAGUCUGGUGUCAGGUACACACUCACAAACACACACUUUCACCAAAGCCACCCCAACAACUGGUCUGCCUCAUGUCUGUCAAGAUCACCAGGUGGGGUGGAGAGGACGGGGGGUUUGACUCUUUGACGUUAUGUCGGUCUGUGUGCCUUACAUUUUUACUGCUAUUUAAGAGAAAAAAAAACAGAAAAAAGAGAGAAAUCUACUAUUUAAGAUAUUUAUUUUUGAGGGUUGACUAUGUUGACGCUCUGAGAGUAGAGACUUAGUGGCGGUACUGUAUUAAUACGAUUAUUAUGUACUCAUCUCAAGGCAUAUAUAAGUUAUUGAUUAGUUUUAGUAAUAAUAUUAUUAUAAUUAUUAUUAACAUACUCAACCAAAAAUGUCGAUGUAGGAGUUAUUUAAGAUACUGUUAUGUGCACUGUACUUUUAUUUUUUAUCUUUUUGAUUCUUUAGAACAUGACAUUAAAUAUUAGCCUUUUUGUAGGGAAGAAACUUUAUUUAAAUGCAGGCCUGUUUGCAUGCAGAUUGUACUCUGCCUCUUCUCUGUUUAGAUUAGAGGAAAAAAUGAUAAUAAUUUUCACAAAAAAACAAGCGAAAAUGCUGCUUUCUCCACUAGAAUGUAUAGUCGUUGUCGAGGUUUCAGUAGCUGUGCUUCUUUUGCUUAAUAUUCAUCAGAUGGGCUAUUUUACACUGUUGGGAAUUUUUAUACUUGAACUAUUUCUUACAAGGGAAAUAUGAAAAAUAAAUGACAAAAAACUUUUUAAGGAAGCUUUUCAUUGUCACUGGAUGAAGGCAUGCAUAGGGCCUAAAGUGUUUCUAUAUAAAUGCAAAGGUCCUGUUGAUUAAAACCUUUACUUCAGAAUUUCAACACCAUUUACUUAAAAUUGGAAUAAAAUGUUCUAUAUUUAAAAA